CCGGCCAUGGGGGAGGCCGGCCCGGCCGCGGGGCCGGCUGCGGGGCUGGGGCCCAGGGAGGCGCAGGAACCCGAGGAGGACGAGGCGGCGGCGCCGGGCGGCACACGGGGAUGCCGGGCCGGAUCCCGCGGCGGCAUCCGGGUGCUGAAGAGGAACGCGAAACGCACCGGGAGCAGGAGCUGCCAGAGCAGGAGUCGGGUCGGCUCCCGUGAGAGGACCUGGCUGAAAGGGGACGUCGGACGAGGCUGCGUGUAUGUUUAUGGAAGAGACUCAGCAACUGCGGCUCCCUCGGACUUGCGACUGGUCCUCUGUACAGUGGACACCCAAGCCUCGGAGAUCUGUGACGGAGAAGGGAGGAAAAACCUCUUUUUGCAGCUUCAUGGAGACCUGGUCAGGAGACUGGAGCCCACAGAAAAACCCCUUCAGAUUGUGUAUGACUACUUGGCUCGGUUGGGUUUUGAUGAUCCUCUCAGAAUGCAGGAAGAGGCAGCAAACUCUGAUCUCAGCUGUAUGAUUCGCUUUUACAGUGAGAAGCCGUGUCAGGUGGAGCAGCUGGAUCGCAUCCUGCUCUCCGGAGUCUAUAACGUGCGCAAAGGAAAGACCCAGCUGCACAAGUGGGCAGAGCGCUCCGUCACUCUCUGUGGCACGUGCCUCGUUGUGUCCUCAGUGAAGGACAGCCAUGCAGGGAAGAUGCACAUCUUGCCUCUCGUUGGAGGGAAGGUGGAAGAGAUGAAACGUCGGCAGUACACCCUUGCUUUCACAUCUGCUGGAGCGCAAGCUCAGACCUACCACGUUUCCUUUGAAACGCUGGCAGAGUGCCAGCGGUGGCACCGGCAGGCAUCCACGAUUGUGUCUAUGCGAUUUAGCAUGGUUGAUCUUUCAUGCUACAGCCUUGAGGAAGUACCAGAGCACCUCUUCUACAGUCAAGAUAUCACCUACCUCAACUUACGCCACAAUUUUAUGAGAACAAGUGGAGCAGGAAGUCUUGACUCUCUUUGCAGGUUUUCUCAGUUGAAGAGUCUGAACUUGUCUCAUAAUAGACUGGGAGAGUUUCCUGUAUCACUGUGUGAGAUCUCUACUCUGACAGAGCUUAAUAUUUCCUGUAAUGGACUUCAUUACUUGCCAAGUCAGAUUGGCAAGCUGUUGAAUCUCCAGACCUUCUGUCUUGAUGGCAAUUUCCUCACAUCCUUACCAGAAGAGAUGGGAAACCUGCAGCAGCUCAGCUGUCUUGGGCUUUCCUUCAAUAACUUCUGUGAACUGCCAGCAAUUUGUGAGAAACUUGUCACCUUAGACAAACUAGCCCUGGCAGGGAACUCGAUAGAGAGCCUGGACCUGGCAGUGCUGAACCGCAUGGGUCACAUCAAAAGUGUGGACCUGAGGCUGAACAACUUGAAGACAGCAGCAGCUGACACUCUGGAGGGGAACAAAUCUUUGGCUUACAUGGAUUUACGAGACAAUCAGAUGACAGAUCUGGAUCUGAGCUCCUUGGUCAGCCUGGAGCAGCUGCACUGCGAGCGAAAUAAGCUGAGAGAGCUGACACUGAGCGGCUUCUCCCUUCGGGCCCUGUAUGCCAACAGCAACUGUCUGACAGCUGUCAAUAUUUAUCCGGUUCCUGGUCUACUGACAUGUCUAGAACUCUCUCACAAUCAACUACAGUGUGUCCCAGACUGGGCCUGUGAAGCAAAGAAACUGGAAGUUUUGGAUGUGAGCUACAAUCUACUCUUGGAGCUUCCAUCGAGGAUCCUCAGAAGCUUAAGUCUUCGGAAGUUGAUGGUGGGGCACAAUCAUCUGCAGAGCCUUCCACCUCUUCAAGAACACAUUCCACUGGAGGUGCUGGACCUUCAGCACAAUCUGUUGACUAAACUCCCAGAGACACUCUUUGUCAAAGCUCUGAACCUCAGGUACCUGAAUGCAUCUGCCAACAGUCUGGAGUCCUUGCCCUCCACAUGUCCAGGGGAGGAGAGUUUGAGCAUGUUGCAGCUGCUAUACCUGACUAAUAACAACCUCACAGAUCAAUGCAUCCCUGUCUUGGUGGGACACCCAAACCUACGGAUCCUGCAUCUGGCAAACAACAACCUGCAGACUUUCCCUGCAAGCAAACUUAGUAAGCUGGAGCACUUGGAAGAACUGAAUCUGAGUGGAAACAAGCUGAAAACAAUUCCUACAACGGUUGCAAACUGCAAGCUGCUUCAUACACUUAUUGCACACUCUAAUGAAAUCAGCAUUUUUCCAGAAAUCCUGCAUUUGCCCCGUAUUCAGUUUGUGGAUUUGAGCUGCAAUGAGUUAACUGAAAUCCUAAUCCCUGAGGCACUGCCAGGUGCCUUGCAAGAGCUGGAUCUGAGUGGAAACACAAACCUGGUGUUAGAACACAAGACACUGGAUAUCUUCAGUCACAUUAGCACACUGAAGAUUGAUGCUAAGCCCUCCCUCACGGCAGACUCGGCACUCACUUCUGUCUUCUGGAGUCACGGAGUAGCUGAGAUGGCAGGCCAAAGAAAUAAGCUGUGUGUAUCAUCCCUGGCACUGGGGAGCUUUGCAGAGGGGGUAGAGGCUGUGUAUGGCAUGUUUGAUGGUGACAAGAACGAGGAACUGCCACGUUUGCUGCAGUGCACCAUGGCUGAUGUGCUCCUGGAGGAGGUACAGCAGUCUGACACCAUGUUCAUGUCCAACACCUUCUUGGUCUCCCACAGGAAGCUGGGCAUGGCUGGGCAGAAGCUGGGUUCCUCUGCUGUCCUUUGCUACAUUCGUAAUGAGGUCGCUGAUCCAGCCAGCAACUUUUCUCUGACGGUGGCCAAUGUGGGGACGUGCCAAGCCGUUCUGUGCCGAAGCGGAAAAGCACUGCCUCUCUCCAAAGUCUUCAGUCUUGAACAAUGUUCAGAAGAAGCUAGGAGAGUCAAGGAACAAAAAGCCAUUAUAACAGAGGACAAUAAAGUCAAUGGUGUGACUUGCUGUACUCGGAUGCUGGGCUGCACGUACCUGCAUCCUUGGAUCCUGCCCAAACCACAUGUCUAUUCCAUUCCACUGACUGUACAAGAUGAGUUGCUACUUCUAGGGAACAAAGCUCUCUGGGAACACCUUUCUUAUGCAGAAGCUGUCUCAGCUGUGCGGCACCUACACGACCCACUAGCUGCUGCAAAGAAGCUCUGCACUUUAGCACAAAGCUAUGGUUGCCAAGACAAUGUUGGUGCAAUGGUGGUAUGUCUGAACAUCAGUGAGGACAACUGCACGUGUGAGAUGCACGGCCUCACUCUGACAGGCCCUGGGGGAUUUAGUUCUACCACCACCAAACCAGCAACACCUUCAUGUAGCAGUGGAAUUGCUUCAGAGUUCAGCAGUGAACUGUCUGCUUCUGAGGUUAGCAGUGAGGUGGGCUCUACUGCAUCAGAUGAACACAGUGCUGUUGGUCUUGAUGGCAGCUUGCUACCACGACAAGAACGACGUUGCAGCCUACAUCCUGUGCCCCCCUCAAGCAUCUUUCAGCGCCAACCUUCCAGUGCCACCUUCUCUAGCAACCAGUCUGACAAUGGUCUAGAUAGUGAUGAUGAGCAGCCUGUGGAAGGUGUGAUGACAAAUGGCAGUAAAGUGGAGGUAGAGGUGGACAUCCAUUGCUGUAAAGGAAAGGGUCUGGAAUUAGAACAUCCUGCUGCAGAGUACAGCUCUUCUGCUCCAGGGCCAGAGGAUGACUCUGGGCUUGUACUCAUCAUUCGGAGGCAGAACAGUGUAAACAGCAAUACUGUGCAGAGAGGGGUUAAGGAGAAGUGUGGACUCCAAAAAUCUCUUUCCACAUGUUGUCUUUAUGGAAAGAAGCUUUCCAAUGGCUCCAUAGUGCCCUUGGAGGAGAGCCUCAACCUCAUUGAAGUAGCGACAGAGGCACCCAAGAAGAAGACAGGCUAUUUUGCUGCUCCAUCCCAGAUGGAGCCAGAAGAUCAAUUUGUGGUGCCACAUGAUCUGGAAGAGGAAGUGAAGGAACAAAUGAAGCAGCACCAGGAGGAUAGAGCAGAUCAGGAGCUGAAAGAAGAACAUGCAGCAUCCCUGCCAGAGGAGUUUGACACAGCUUUGUAACCCUAUGAGUACUAUUCCCACAUUAUCUAUCCCAGGAAGCUCUGUUUAAUAAGGGCUGUCAUGCCCUCUGAGGGAGCUGGGAUCUGUAAGGAGUACAGACACCUGCUGCUUCCUUAAUGGAGUUGAGGAAAAAUCAGGAAGGCCAACGUCGGGGCUGCCCACUUAACCACUGUAGCAUCUCAGCUGUUCUGUGAGCACGCAGAUCAGCAGCUGAGCUCUGUGUUAGGGACUGUCUGGUAAGUCCUUGAACCCUGAGGUUCUGCCAGCUCUGCCAGAAAGGGGCUGGUGUGUGUGUG